AUGACGUCCUUCUAUGAUGAGAUCGAGAUUGAAGACAUGGAGUUCGACGAGGACGAGCAGAUCUAUACUUACCCAUGCCCAUGCGGAGACAAGUUCGAGAUCAGCAUCGAUGAUUUAAAGGACGGUGAAGAUGUAGCUCGUUGUCCUUCUUGCUCCCUUAUUAUUCGAGUGAUUUACGAUCCAGACGAAUUUGCAGACGAAGACGGUGGCGAAACGUUUGAAGUGGGGAAUACCGUCACUGUCGCCUAA